AUGAGUCUCAAUAAGAUAAGCAAUAGGGAAUAAUUAUCAAUUUUAGCAUAGCAUUAUUACGCCUUUAUAAACACUUAUGCCUUUACAGAAUUAAAUGUGGACUACGAUGACGAUGACCCAAUUAAUUUUGCUAAAAUUGAUGAAAAGCUAAAAAAUCAAUUAUAUGAGUCCGAUAUAGAUUUCAUAUAAGAUAUAAAAUCCAUUCUUAAGUUAUUUUUUGAUAAAUCUUUUAAAGAUGCUUAGCUUAUUGAAACAGUUAGGUUAUUUUUUAAUUCUGUAAUUUAAGACCAAAACAAGCAUAUUCCUAAAUUAGGUUGA